AUGGAUAAUAAACAAAACCAACAUAAGCUUAUAUUAGCUAUUGAAAGUUAAGAUUAUGAAGAAUGGGUUGCUUCAAUUUAAAAAGAAUUAGAUAACUAAUUUGAAAUAGUUGUAUUGAGACCUAAUCCUGAAGAAAAAAAUACUGUUUUACAAAAAAUGAAAGUCUAUGAAGAAUUAGCAAAGCAAACUAGUGCAGAUCUAAACAAAAAUCUUGGUAUUAUUGUAUGCGGAUCAGGAUUAGAAGCUUCUAUCGCUUUGAAUAAAUAUAAAGGAAUUAGAGCAGGUUUAGUUUCAACUUAUUACUUAGCAGUUAUGACAAGAAUGCAUAACAAUGCUAACAUUAUGAUUAUUGGAACAGAUCAUACUGGUAAAAAAGCAGGAUUACAAUUUGUUCUACCUUUCCUUACUAAUAAUUUAGAGGUAGGUCCUGGUAAAUUCCAUGCUACAAGAGUUGAUAAGCUUACUAAUAUUGAAAAUCAUUAAUAAACUACAUGUUGA